CGACAGGGAACACAACGGAGAAUCCCUGAUGGAACAAGAGAAAAGUGGGAUGCAGACCAGACUUAAUGAUCUUAAUGGUCUGACUGAGGCCAGAGGUCAUGGCCCCUGGACUCUCUGUUAGCCCAAACCUAAAACCAUUCCCAAAGCAAACUCUUCCAACAAAGAUUAGACUGGACUAUAAGACAUAAAAUGAUACUCGUGAGGAGUGUGGUUCUUAGCUCAAAUAGACUCAUGAGACUAUGUGGGAUCUUCUGUCUGGAGGUGAGAUGAGAAGGCAGAGGGGGACAGUAGCUGGUUGAAAGGACAUGGGGAAUACAGGGUGGAGAGGAGUGUGCUGUCACAUUGUAGGGAGAGCAACUAGAGUCACAUAACAACGCGUGUAUAAGUUUUUGUAUGAGAAACUGACUUGAAUUGUAAACUUUCACUUAAAGCACAAUUAAAAAAAAAAAAGAUCAGCAGGUCAAAUCUAUCAGCCACUUCUUGGAAAUUCUAUGGGGCAGUUCUACACUCUCCUAUAAGGGUCGCUAUGAGUCAGAAUCAACUCGACAGCAACGGCUUUUUGGUUUAGUGUGAGGGCCAAAAGAACAAACGAACCAGUCUUUCUUAGAAGAAAUACAACCAGGAUGUGUCUUAGAAGCAAGGAUGGCAAGACUCUGGCUUGCUCUCUUUGAAUAUGUCAUUAGAAAAGGUCAAUAGCUAGAAAAAGGGAUCAUGGUUGGUAGAGGGUCAAUGAGAAAGACUGACAGAGAGGCUGAAACAACGGGUUCAGACAUAGCAAUGAUCAGGAAGAUGGUGCAGGACUGUAAUACAAAAGAUAACCGUGAGUCAGAGCCGACUCAACAGCUACUUAACAGCAACAAGUGUGAGGGCAUGUGAGACUUUGUUGGGUGAAUGGACUGGGAAGGGGAGUUAGAAGGUCAGCAGACGUGAUGCUUGUGGGAAGUUUUUGCUGUUCUGAGCAAGGACUCCUAGCUUGUCCCUUUGGCAGGGCAUCUUCGGCCCACUGGCUGGGUUUCAGCUGUCCUCAGCAAAAAGCCUGCUCGUGCUGCCAAAUUUUCAGUGCUUUCUGGUGUGCUAAGAAAGACUAACAAGAAGGACUAACUUCUGGUUAAGGUUAGGGGUCUGCAACCCAACCCAAGUCCCUUUCUUGUUCUUCCUCUCACAGAGUCUUUCUGCUAAGCUGGUGCAAAUUCAGAAUAUUCUGUAGUCAGUACUUCUAGCUCUUCUCCUACCCAGUGCAGCACUUUCAUCUGGUUCCUGAAUGAGUGAUCUCGUGAUAAACCUUGUCUCCCACGCCACUCACACCACCCCCUCCUCUGCUCUCUCCAUCUUCUUGUUGAGCUUUCCUGGCUCUGAACUUCCUCUUGGCCCAUCUCACUUCCUAAAACACCCCUGAAGAGGAUUGCUUAUCUUGAUGGAGCUCGAGAAGCCCUCAGAGGCAGCAGAAGGCAGAGGCCUUUAGUGUGUCUUUCUGGGGAACUAAGAACAGUGGUACUUUCAGAUUCGACCUGCACAGAACUGUCCUCCAGGCUUCCACAUUCCCAGGGAUGUGUGGAUGGAAGUGAUUACCCUGUGAUGGGCACUAUCUAAGGAGAGGUGGAUCUCCAAAAAAGCACCCCACUAGAGAAGACAAGGAAUGGGUGAGCUGUGAGUUUUAGACAAUUGCUACACUUGACUUCUAGGAAGAUGUCUGGCAAGAGAUAGGCACACUGGACCACACGGAUUCUGCUGGCACGCCUAUCACCUGGGAGGCUCCUCUGGGAAAACAAGAUGCCUGUCAACAGCACGGCCGUGACAUUGCCCAGCAUAACCUACAUCACCGUGGAAAUUCUCAUUGGGCUCUGUGCCAUAGUAGGCAACGUGCUCGUCAUCUGGGCGGUCAAGCUGAACCCAAGCCUACAGACCACCACCUUCUAUUUCAUUGUUUCCUUAGCCCUGGCCGACAUUGCUGUUGGGGUGCUGGUAAUGCCUUUGGCCAUUGUCAUCAGCCUGAACAUCACAAUCCACUUCUAUAGCUGCCUUUUCAUGACCUGCCUGCUGCUAAUCUUCACCCACGCCUCCAUCAUGUCCUUGCUGGCCAUUGCUGUGGAUCGAUACCUACGGGUGAAGCUCACUAUCAGAUACAGGAAGGUCAUCACUCAAAGAAGAAUAUGGUUGGCCCUGGGCCUUUGCUGGCUGGUGUCACUUCUGGUGGGACUGAUACCCAUGUUUGGCUGGAACAUGAAACUGACCCCAGGGUACAACAGAAAUGCCACCUGUUUUCCAUGCCAAUUCCGUUCCGUUAUGAGGAUGGACUACAUGGUCUACUUCAGCUUCUUCACCUGGAUUUUGAUCCCCCUGGUUAUUAUGUGUGCCAUCUACCUUGACAUUUUCUAUGUCAUCCGGAACAAACUUAAUCAGAAGUUUUCUAGCUCCAAAGAGACAGGUGCAUUUUAUGGACGGGAAUUCAAGACAGCUAAGUCCCUGUUUCUGGUCCUCUUCUUGUUUGCUUUGUCCUGGCUGCCUUUAUCCAUUGUCAACUGCAUUACCUAUUUUGGAGGUGAGGUAUCACAAGCUGUGAUAUACUUGGGCAUUCUACUGUCCCAUGCUAACUCUAUGAUGAACCCUAUCGUCUAUGCUUGUAAAAUAAAGAAGUUCAAGGAGACCUACCUCUUGAUCUUCAAAACCUGUGUGAUUUGCCGGUCCCCUGAUUCCUUGGACCAAGGCAGUGAGCAGACUUCUGAGUAGUUUAUCCAAGGAAGAUGACCUUCAUAUUCAGAUUGACCUUCAGAUUCAACAAACACUUGCGGUCCUAUUCAUCAGGGCCAGGAGAUUUUAUAUUCCUUGAUUCCUUCCACUGAGAUGGAGAGCAUUUGGCUGGCUGCCUCUAACUGUACCUCCCCUACCCUCUUCCUUUAAUGCAAUUUUCUAGAGGCCUGACUUGAAGACAAUGUACUAUUGUUGCUACUGCUUCCUGUGUUCCUCCUUCCUGUACAGAAGGAGAGAUUACGGAACAUGAAGGAUGCCUCCUUGACUUAUCUAUUGGCUGGACAUUAUGUGAUGGUGGCUCAGUUCCACUCCAUUGCAGCAUCUGGGAACCCUGCUCUCAGCAGAUGUCCAGCAGAUGUUGGGAGCUCAGUGUAAAGAGGACUUAAACUGCUAAAUCACCUGUGAAUGUAUUUGAGUGAAUAAAAUUACAGCUAACUUUUGCAUGUAGCUGUUUGCUGGGAGUCAGGAUCACUCGGGGCUUGGAGACCCAGCUGGCUGCUCCUGGCACUCAGCCUGCUCACUACUUAGAGUCAGUUUGGGUGUUCAUCUGUGUGAAUUCUGGGCUUCUUGUCCCUUUCCCCAGAACAUCCUGCCCCUUAUUCCUGGGCCGAUCAGAGCAUUUGUCAACUUUAUGAGCCAUUCAGCUAUUGUUAGAGAAAGAAUGACCCUGUCUCUGGAGCUGAGUCCUAGUCAUUUGUCCUUGCAAUUCAUUUUAAUAGGAGGAGUUGGGGGUUGGGCAAAAAGAGACGAUGCAUCCCUAUUAUUUACUGAAAACUUCCGUUGCACUCAGAACUUUGCAUGCAUUAUCUCUUUUUGUCUCCACCAUCUGGGAGGUAGGUGCCAUUAUUAUUCUCAUCUCCAUUUUUCAGGAGAAAAAACUGAGACACAGAGAAGUCAAGUAACUUGUUCAUAAUCCAUAAUUAAUAAGUAGUAGAACCAAGUGUUAAACACAGCCUCACCUUAUGUGAGAACCCUCACUUCUCGCCAUCUGUCCUCAGACAUGAAGAAGGACUUGUAACUUCUCCAAGGUCCAAACUAUCAAGCUCACCUUAUGUACAAUUAGCAGAUAAAAAAAACUAGAGUUUGCACAUUUGAAGGCUGCUGGGUUUUUUGUUUUUGCCUUAGCUAUAUUAUCUAAGUAAUUAGGACACCAGACACGGAUAGAGUGCCAGUCACGUCGUUUGAGCAUCGAGUAUGGUUUUAGAGAUUCAAGGUGGCGUCUCUGGUUUGGUCUACCCAAAUCUGCAGCUGUGGAUUUUUACUCCCAGGACAAAAUAUGAACUUGGCAAGAGCAACAAAACGGAGAUUUCAAUUAAACAAUGUCGAAGAGGCAAGUGUAUCUGAAAGCGUUUUUCAUUAAUUCUUAGCCGUUCCUGAAAGUUUAUCCUAACUCUGAUAACUUAGGCCAGAGCCCGAUAGCCAUAUUUAGCUUGUUAAAAUUUUAUUUCAGCAAAGGGUCUUCUUCCUCCUUCUGGCAGCCCAGGAAGAACCAACAUUGCCUGGGAAGUUUAAAAACUUUGUAUCUACUUUCUUACUAAUGCCAAAGUGGGUGCCUCACCAAAACUCCACCAUCCCUCCUGGUACCUGGAAGUGGGAAGUUCCCCUAGUCCUGACAGUUUUUCCCUCAAUGUUUGAGAGGAUUUACUGUUAUUAUUUUCAACAUUCCUCUUGGUGUAGUGGCAUUUUAAAAACUUAAUAUAGUUUCUCAGUAAUAAAAUUUUAAAAAUUUAUUUGUUAUUAUAUUUUUAGUAAAUAAAAUAAAUCUUUUUUAAGAAUUUAUUAAUGUAUUUUUAAAUACAAGCCAAUUAAUUUUUUUUUUUUUUGUCCUUAAUGGUAUUUCCUUGCUUGAUUUAAGAAGUUUUCCCAGCAAUUUUUUUUAAGUUAAAAUGUCCCUUCAGGAGGACACACCAGGUUUAUUUGUGGGCUUCGGGAGACCCUGGCACACUGCUCUACCCCAGGAGCAAACUUUGGCCAGUUGGAGAGUUGAGGGGAAGUGCCCUUCAGCUCUCAGUCUCAGGAUAACCUUCCCACAAGGCUUUUUCAUUUACUAACAACCUCUAACGAGGUUGCCUUAGCUACACUUAGAGCCUGCCCUUUCUGAAAGCUUGAUUUAAAGUGACCACUUCCUUCAGAACAAAACAGCAGUCUGUCCCGAGAGAACACAUGUUAUUGGUGCCAUUAGACAAGCGAUAGCAUCUGAGUUUCAGAAAAACCUUUUUUCGCCCCUUCCUUUCUCUCUCUCUUUUUUCCUUCUUUAUUGCUACUGUUUAGCAAAUCCACUGAUGAUUGGCCAGAAGAUAUUUCUUUCUUUUCUGUCAGCUGGGAGGUCACGUAUUCCACCAGUCCAGAAGAAACCCAAAAAGUGAAAAAUGUCUUUUGGGUUGGAAUCAAAAAAGAUGAACCAAGAAUCACUGGUGAGGAGCUUGGCUAGAAGUGAUGAGGUCCGCCCUGGUUUCAGGUUUAGAGAUUAGUGUCACAGGAAUCUCCCCCAUGAGCCUCUCUCCUGACUAACACCCUUUCAGCUCAACAGUAAAGGGUAACUGUCUGGUUUUUAUUGCAAAGGAAUAAGGCAAGAGACCACCCAGACAAAACUCAGGUUUGCUUCCUUCACCUCCACAAAAUUAACUGGAACAAAAUAGAUGUUGAGUGGCUGGGUAUAUAUACUCUUUUUUUUAUUUUUUUUCAUCAAGUCAACUAAACGCUCAUUUUCUAGAGGAACACUGUCCUUACAGACUACAGCUGGGUGUGAUGAGAAUAGGGCUUGAGCAGCAUCUUGUCCCAAUUACUCAAAUGAGAGUGGUGUAUGUGAAGUCUUUGUAAAAAAAAAAAGAAAAAAAAAAAACUUUAAAGCACUCUAUAAUUUUA